AUGGGCGAUAUCAUGGACACCUUGACGCAGUACUGCCGGGACGCCAACCUCGACCCCAAGCGAACGUACACAUGGAUGUGCUGCUUCUGCAUCAACCAGCACAGGGUGAAGGAGACGGAGGCAGCGGGCGAAACCGUCCCCUUCGAAGAGUUCAAGAAAGCUUUCGGAGAUCGAGUGGAAGGCAUCGGCAAGAUUGUGGCCAUGAUGGCCCCGUGGAAGGAUCCUUUCUACAUCAAGCGUGUCUGGUGUGACUUUGAGAUGUACACGGCAACGUCCGAGAAGCAGGCCACCGUCCGAGAGGUCGAUGCCGCUGCCUUUCACCUUUUGAACGCCGACUUCAACGGGGCCAAUGCAUUCAGCGAGGGAGCGAAUGCACUUUGCGAGAAGACCGUGGGCGUCUCUCGCGAGGCGCUGCUGCAGUGCCGGCGUCUGCGGCUGGUCGCACGUUUGGCAAAGGUCCUGUGCCUGCUAUCUCACCCAGGGGAGCGGCUCAGCAAGGCGGCUCGCGAUUGGGCCAAGGCGCCCAACAUCGACGCGCUUCUGGAAGUUCGGGACAUCGGCCUGGAGGAGGGUCCAGCCUCGCGCGCAGCAAGCCCGGACCGGCUCUCAGGCGAGGUCUUCCAAGCAGCGCGGAAGUUGAGCCUUGAAAUGCUGCCGAAGCAUGUCGAAGAGGAUCCCAUCGAAGACUCGCAGGCCUCUACCGUGCCGGGAGAAGCUCCGAGGCCUGGGGAGUCGAGCAAAGGAUCUCCUUCUCGGGGCAACAGCAUCUUCGAGGCCCCGUUAGCCAGCGAGCUGCCUUCCUUGGAAGAGGGUCUUCCGGGGCGGCGGCCGGGCAAAAGAGUGCACUCCUUUGCGCAGAUCUUGGAGGGCGACAGCUUCGUGGCGCAAGGGGGAGCCCCGAAGUCGAGGAAGGAGUACAGCGCCUGGACUGAAGGGGAAGAGCAGCGCCUGCUCGAAGGCUUCCGAGUGUACGGAAAGCAGUGGAACAUGAUUUCCAAGUGCUGUGGCCUGCAACACAGGAGUGGGAUGCAGAUCAAAGACAAGUGGCGAAUUCUACAGCGAAAGGGUCUCGUGCCCGCGCGCGAAGGCCAGGAUGGCCGAUUGGAAGUCGAAGACUGA